CCCGUACCCAGAAUGCACCGGGCAGCUGUCAUGGCUGCGUACUGACUGCAGCACAUGUACGGGAAUAACACGCACAUCAUCCUUUCAAUACGGUCUCUGCUAUCAUCACCAGUGGUGUACACAGGCCUAUUUCGCUCUUAACACAUAGCGACUAAAAGACAAAUCGUUAUCCUAGAAGUGCACUAGUGCCGGCUGGAAAGGAACGAUUCAGCGACACACAUUGACUAUAGAGGGAGAGAGUAAGCGGGAGAGAGAGAAAGGUAAAGAGAGAGAGAGAGAGAGAGAGAGAGAGUGAGGGGGAGAGAGAGAGAGAGAGAGAAUGAGAGAGAGAGAGAUGCGGGACGUGGAGAUAGCGGUCCUGCGUGGGGUGUUAACACCCGGCGAGGAGACGGAGUGGCAGCACAACUCUUCCACCACUGCAGAAGUAGGCCCACUGCUGCGCUGUCUCCUGACGGGGGACUACGAGGGGGUACUGCGGAGCCCUGUCAUCCGAGAGCUGCUGGGGGGCGAGGCCUGUUGCCAUGGCGACAGCAUUGAAGCCCACCUGGAGAGACGGCUCCUCGCCUACCUGUCGGAUGCCCCCGAGGACAGCCAGUCGGACAGGGUGGUGGUGGUGUUUGUGCUGGCAGUGGCCUGUCUCCACCUGUUCGCACAGAGCAACUGGACCGGACCCUCACUGAGCCUCAACCUCCCCGACCUGCUGCCCCCCUCCCUGCUGGCCCCCCUAGCACAGCCCGAGGCGUUGAGUGAUGAGCUCCAGGGAAGCCUGGUUCUGGACGGGGAGGCGGUCUACAGCCUGGUCUCCAACCCCUUCCUCCUCCUCCUGGCCCGGGUCGUCCUCCUCUCCUGCUCUCCAAAGAUGGAGCAGCUCCAGCUGCUCCCUUGGUGGACCCUGCGCUACGUGAACCUCCACCAGCAGUUGCUGGACGAGCGCUGCCCACAGCUCCACAGCCUGGGCCAGAGUAGCAUGGACACAGUGCUGAAAUGCGAGUCCUUGUUCUCGGACCAGUGCUUCAGGGACCUGGCCAUCCAGUUUCACCUGGAGUGCAUGUACACCAGCCUCUUCUACUGGGAGUACCAGCAGGCCAGGGAGCACGUUGAGAAGGCCAAGGAGCUGACCGGCCUGGAGUUCAGCACCACCGGUGCCCUGGGGAAGCGAACCCAUUUCCAGCACAGUUUCCUGGCCCAGCUCAUUCUGGAGGUGAAGAGGAAAGAGGAGUCGGACAGACCUGAGUCGGAUGGCUCAGUCUGCCCGGUGCUCCCCCCGACGCCUGUAUCCAGUCUGCCCAAGGACCAGGAGCUGGGCGACGACACAGUGCUGAACCAGAUCAACCUGGCCGACCCAGGCCUCCACCAGGUCCCCAGCCUCUCUGCCGAGGACCAGGCCGUCCUCCUGGGCUUCUGCACCAACUUCCAGAAGAGCAACCCAGUGCACAACCUGACUGAGGAGGAGCUGCUGGCGUUCACAUCUUGUAUCCUGUCUCAGCCCCAGUUCUGGGCGGUGGAGGUCAGCGCUCUCUGUCUGAGGACCCGUCUGGAGCGAGGCAGCUCCCGCAGGGUGGAGAGGGCCAUGAUGCAAACACAGCUGAUAGCAGACCACUUUGAGGACCCAACUUGUCCAGUAAGCGAGCGUCUGAAGAUCUUCUACUGCUGCCAGGCACCACCCCGCUGGUCAAUCCAGAGCCAGCUGGCCAGCCUCCUCAUGGACCUGGGCUGCACCAGCUCAGCCCUGCUGCUGUACGAGGAGAUGCAGCUCUGGGAGGACGUGGUCAUCUGCCACGAGAAGAUGGGAAAACACGGCAAGGCGGAGGAGGUCCUGAGGAGGGAGCUGGCGAAGAAGGAGACUCCCAGCCUGUACUGCCUGCUGGGCGACGUGCUGCGGGACCACCAGUACUACGACCGGGCCUGGGAGCUGUCCGGGCAGCGCAGCGCCCGCGCCAUGCGCUCCAAGGCCCUGCUGCACCUGCGCAACAAGGAGUUCCAGCAGUGUGUGGACUGCUUCGAGCACUCCCUCCGCGUCAACGCCAUGCAGCUGGGUGUGUGGUUCUCUCUGGGCUGUGCCUACUUUGCUCUGGAGGGCUACGCGGGAGCCGCCCGCGCCUUCAAGAGGUGUGUCAACCUGGAGCCAGAUAAUGCAGAGGCGUGGAACAACCUCUCCACAGCCUACAUCCGUCUAAAACAAAAGCCGCAGGCGUUCCGUACGCUCCAGGAAGCCUUGAAGUGUAACUACGAGCACUGGCAGAUCUGGGAGAACUUCCUCACGGUGUGCAUCGACGUGGGAGAGUUCUCCGAGGCCAUCAAGGCCUACCACCACCUCAUGGAGCUCCGGGAGAAGUACAAGGACGUGGAGAUCCUGCAGAUCCUGGUGCGCGCCGUGGUGGAGGAUCUGCCCGACAACCAGGACCAGAAGGCGGGGAAGCUGCGCUCCAAGCUGCAGGAGCUCCUGGGCCGGGUCACCGCCCGCCACAGCUCCGACGGCGAGCUCUGGCGCCAGUAUGCCUUGCUCUACGGUAAUGGGCAGAGCACCAACCAGGAGGACAACGAGAAGGCUCUUCGGUUCCUGGUGAAGGCACAUCACUGUCAGAUGCAGAAUAGCGGAUGGGAGAAGGAGACCGGCACCUUUAAGGAGACAAUUACCAGAGCUGUAGACGUAGGCAAUGUCACCCUCAGCUGCAGCCAGAAGAAGACCAAUCCCCAGGAAGCACUCCAAAUGUUGUCCUCUGCGCGUCUCAGUCUGAAGAGCCUGGCCACCAAAGCCAAGCAAAUGCACACUGACGUUGCUACGGGCGACAUCCACAGUGACUUGACUGAUAGCGUUGGAGAGUUGGAGCGGGUAAUCACAGAGCUGCAGGAUAUUAGUGCCACGCUGCGCGGCCAAUCAGAGUGAUCCCUGGAUGGCGGCGGCAAACUACAUAAUUGUGGUGGUCAGAAUUAUGAAUCUGUAAUUAUUCAUUGAAAUUAGUAUUUUUUUUAUAUUGUGUGUAAGAUUCAUAAAGCCUUACAACACUGUCACAAUGUCUUACCUAUAAAUACAACAAAAAAAAACGUUUGUCUUAUUUG